AGAAAAAAAGGUUAACCAAAACGACGACUAGUUUCUAACGAGAAAGAGAACAAAAAGCAAAAUGGAAAAGUCAUCACUCAAUUUCCAUAUCCAAUUCCGAAUUUUCGAACGAUCCUUCCUUUCCCAAAUUCGUGUAAUCGAAUAGAAUUCCAGACACACUUGUUACAACAAAUUAUUAUUAUUAUUAUUCGUUAUAUUUUUCUUCCCUCUGAAUUUCAUAUAUAAAUUAUAGAUUAAUUUUUGUGGAUGACGAUGAUGAAUUGAUGAUCAAGAUCCUAAUUUGAAGUGUUGGAUGAUUCUUUCUGCAACGGAUCGUUUCUGGGGGAUUUUGAUCAGAAUUUGACGGAGCCCAUCUGCUUGAAUUUCCUGUUUGAUCACCAGUGCUGUUUUGUUUGAUUGGUUAGAGAAUUUUGGUUUUUUGGGGUUUGUUUUGCAACGGGAGAGAAGUGGAGUGGCUUGACCUUUUGAGUUGGAAUUUUUGCAUGAAGGGUGUUGUUUGGUUGCAUAUGAUUCUGAAGAAAGGUUUAUAUCCUGGUAUGAGCUUUUUUUGUCUCCUUUGAAUUUGGUGAAUGAUUUCGGUUCAUGUAAUUUGACUUGGGUUGUUUGAAAUAUGCUGUGAAGUUAUGUUGUAGAGCUUGUUUAGUAGUGAAAAGUGAUUUGUGAAAGUUGAAUUGGUUGAAAGGUGGGAGAAGUGGGAUUCCUUUUAUGAAUUUUGAAUUCAAGGGUCAAUAGAGGUGGCAAUUGAUCUUUUUUUCCAAUUUUGGAUUUGUUGAUGAAGUUGUUUCCUAGGCUGAAUGGAUAACCACAAACCGCCUCGACAAGGUUGGGGAUUGUUUGUGGAUAUAGAAGAAUGGAAGUUCAGAUUGUGAGAGUUUGAACCUGAGUUGCUUAGGAUAUCUGGGGUUGAUUACAUUUCUGUUGGGGUUCUAGUUCUUUAUCUUGGAUUCGUUCCCUAUUCUGAACAUGGUCUGUUAGGAGUGGCAAAUGGACAAGUCAUAAUGAACGGGAAAACUAGAUUGUUUGUCAAUGGAUGCAGUGGACAAGACUUUUUCUGAGCUUGUCAGCAUUGUCAAAUCAUGGAUUCCCUGGCGAUCUGAGCCAGUAAAUGUGUCUAGAGAUUUUUGGAUGCCCGAUCAGAGUUGUAGAGUAUGCUACGAGUGUGAUUCACAGUUCACCUUAUUUAACCGUAAACACCACUGUCGUCUUUGUGGGCGAAUUUUCUGUAACAAGUGUACAACAAACUCGGUUCCUGCCCCAUUUAGCAACCAAAGGAAUUCUUGGGAUGAGUUGGAAAAGAUUCGCGUUUGUAAUUAUUGUUACAAGCAAUGGGAGCAGGGCAUAGUUGCUUUUGAUAACAGUAUUCCUGUUUCCAAUCUGGAUAAUAGUGCUUCCGGAUCAACUUCAAGCGUGGCUAGCAGUAAAACCAGUGCCACUGCAAACAGUAGUAAUAUUACUCUUUGCUCCAUGCCAUAUUCAGUUGGGUCUUAUCAACCAAUGCAACAGGGUUCUGUUCUGAACCUGCAUAAAUCACCUGUGAAGGGGAAAGACCCCGAUACUGAUAGGGAAGGCUUAUCAGCAUUAGGAGGGAGGAGUGAUCUUGUAGCAGACCUGGGUGAUCCAUUACCGAAGCAAUACAGAUUCUCAAUAAACAGGAGUGAUGAUGAUGAGGAUGAGUAUGGUGUAUAUCGGUCAGAUUCUGAUAUGAGGGAUUAUCCUCAAGUGAAUAACUACUAUGUACAAGCUGAGCUUCACGGGAUAGGCAACAUUGAUGGCUCACAGAAAGUGGAUCUUGAUGGAGAAAACACUAAUGCCAAACUCCCUUCAAACUACAGUUUUGACACACAGGAUUUGGAAGGAGCCCAAGUUAUUGCCAAAAAUGAAGAUGAACCUUAUAUCUGUGAUGAAAAUGAAGCCCCUUCCUCGUUGUAUGUUUCAGAGGAUGUUGAUGCUGAACCUGUUGAUUUUGAAAAUAAUGGACUUCUCUGGCUCCCUCCUGAACCAGAAGAUGAAGAAGAUGAACAGGAAGCUAUUCUGUUUGAUGAUGAUGAUGAUCAUGACGGGAAUGCCACCGGAGAGUGGGGCUAUCUGCGCAGUUCAAGCAGUUUUGGAAGUGGUGAGUAUCGACACAGAGAUAGGUCAAGCGAGGAGCACAAGAAUGUAAUGAAGAAUGUAGUUGAUGGGCAUUUUAGGGCAUUGGUAUCUCAGCUGUUACAGGUUGAGAACUUACCUGUCGAAGAUAAUGACAAAAACAGUUGGUUGGAGAUUGUCACAUCUCUGUCAUGGGAAGCUGCUACUUUAUUGAAACCAGAUAUGAGCAAAGGUGGUGGGAUGGACCCAGCUGGUUAUGUGAAAGUCAAAUGCAUAGCAUGUGGGAGCCGCAUUGAAAGUGUGGUGGUUAAAGGAGUUGUUUGUAAGAAAAAUGUGGCUCACCGGAGAAUGACGUCAAAAGUGGAUAAACCUCGCUUGUUGAUCCUUGGAGGGGCUCUAGAGUAUCAACGUGUUACCAACCUCUUAUCUAGUGUAGAUACCCUAUUGCAGCAGGAAAUGGACCAUCUGAAGAUGGCAGUGGCAAAGAUAGCUUCACACCAACCAAACAUCUUGUUGGUGGAGAAAUCAGUCUCGCGAUAUGCGCAGGAAUAUCUUCUUGCAAAGGACAUAUCUUUGGUUCUCAAUGUCAAGAGACCACUUUUGGAGCGCGUAGCACGUUGCACAGGCACUCAAAUAGUGCCUUCAAUUGAUCAUCUGUCAUCACAAAAGUUGGGUUACUGUGAAACAUUUCAUGUUGAAAAGUUUCUUGAAGACCUAAAUAGUGCUGGUCAGGGUGGGAAAAAAACAAUGAAAACAUUGAUGUUUUUCGAAGGUUGCCCAAAACCAUUGGGUUUCACAAUUUUACUUAAAGGUGCUGACAAGGAUGAAUUGAAGAAGGUAAAACAUGUGGUUCAGUAUGGAGUUUUUGCAGCUUACCAUUUGGCUUUGGAGACAUCUUUUCUUGCAGAUGAAGGAGUCUCCCUGCCAGAAAUUCCAUUAAACAGUCUGGCCCUUCCUGAUAAAUCAUCAUCCAUUCAGAGGUCUAUUUCAACAGUUCCUGGUUUCGGCAUUGCUGACAAUGAAAAGCCUCAAGGGCUAGAACCUUACACUGAACCACAGAGAACCAAAAGUCUCACAGCUGCUGAUCUAGCCUCGUCAACCUGCGGUACAGGGCCGUGUUUGUCUAAUGGUGCUUCUCAAUCUAUGGCACUUGGAUCAAGUCUCAACUAUUCAACUGCCUUAUACUCCUCCAUUGUUGCUUCAGGAAAUUCAAUUCCAGAAUCGCACCAUAAUAAGCUUCUUUCAUGCACUAGUAGAGACACAAAUGAAAUGAACUCCAAACAAACUGUGGUGGAAGAAACUUCUAGAGUGGACAACACAUUAGUUGUUGGGGAUGAUCCUACUGUAGAGGACCCUGGAUCUUCAGAGAAAUUAUAUCAAGGCAUGUCAGCUGACACUCCACAAAAUGGUGAUAGCAAAAUCUCUAAAAAUCAGUUAAGUGGGUCAGGAUCUUUAUCUCCAAAAGAUGUUCAAAACCAUCCCGAGAACCUUGAAAUCACAAAUGAAGAGCCAGUUCCCGAAAAAGAAGAGUUUCCUCCAUCUCCCUCCGACCAUCAAAGCAUUUUGGUGUCUUUGUCCUCCCGGUGCGUUUGGAAGGGAACUGUAUGUGAGAGGUCUCAUCUCUUUCGCAUUAAAUACUAUGGCAGCUUUGAUAAACCAUUGGGUCGAUUUCUGCGGGACCAUUUAUUUGAUCAGAGUUAUCGAUGCCAUUCUUGUGAAAUGCCAUCAGAAGCACAUGUGCAUUGCUAUACUCAUCGACAGGGAACACUUACCAUAUCCGUCAAGAAACUACCAGAAAUUAUCCUACCUGGUGAAAGGGAUGGAAAGAUUUGGAUGUGGCACAGGUGCUUGCGGUGUCCAAGAAUCAACGGCUUUCCUCCUGCUACACAGAGAAUAAUAAUGUCUGAUGCUGCUUGGGGUUUAUCACUUGGGAAGUUUUUGGAGCUCAGUUUCUCAAACCACGCUGCAGCCAGCAGGGUGGCCAGCUGUGGUCAUUCUUUACACAGAGAUUGUCUUCGUUUUUAUGGAUUUGGAAGAAUGGUUGCUUGUUUUCGAUAUGCAUCAAUUGAUGUUCACUCAGUCUACCUUCCCCCCCACACACUUAUAUUUGAUUAUGGGAAUCAGGAUUGGAUACAACAAGAAUCAGAUGAGGUGGUCAAUCGGGCAGAGCUUUUAUUCUCUGAGGUCCUCAAUGGCCUUAGUCAAAUUGGAGAGCAAAGAUCUAAUGCACUCCAAGUCAGUAAUGGCCAUAAAUCACCUGAAUUAAGACGCCAAGUUGCUGAACUAGAGGGGAUGUUGCAAAAGGAGAAACUAGAAUUUGAGGAAACUCUUCAAAAGAUUUUGAACCAAGAAAAGAGAAAUGGCCAACCUGGGAUUGAUGUUCUGGAAAUUAAUCGAUUGUGGAGGCAGUUACUUUUUCAAUCAUAUAUGUGGGACCACCGUCUUAUUUAUGCUGCCAACCUAGUCAAUUCCAACUAUGAAUCUGGUUCAAGCAGUCCAAUUUCAGAGGAUAAGGAGAAACCUACUGAUGAAAAUCAGAUGAGCAUUAACUCUAUUCAUGGUGAUCCAAAGCUUAACGGUAGCCCCAGCCAUGGAGGAGGAAGUGUAGUAGUUGAUGGCAAAAUUUCACAUGAUGCAUCGCAUCAAGAAAUUGACAUGGCCAAAAAUAAAAAUCUUGAGAAAGAUGACGAAUCUGAUCUUCCAAACAGCAAAAGCAUAAAUGAUCAAUCCAACCUUUUAGAACCUGAAUUGGGUGUUGGCAGAGCUCUCUCUGAUGGACCGUUUCCUGUCAUUCCUAGUUUGUCUGAAACACUUGAUGCAAAAUGGACUGGUGAAAACCACUCAGGAUAUGGAAUUCAAAAGGAUAACAGUUCUGUAAAUCCUGAUAUACUUAUGGCAGAUGCUUUGACGACCAGUGCACAAAAAGAAACAUAUUAUCUAGGGGAUCGUACAGAAGAUCAAAAUGGUUCCAAGAGUUUCUAUUCUUCUUUUAAAGGUCAUGAUAAUAUGGAAGACUCUUCAAACUGGUUAGGAAUGCCCUUCUUGAACUUCUAUCGCCAAUUUAACAGGAACCUUUUUGCUAGUACACAGAAGUUUGAUACCCUAGUUGACUACAAUCCUGUUUAUGUGUCAUCUUUCCGGAAGCAAGAACUCCAGGGUGGGGCAAGGCUGCUUCUACCAAUUGGUGUCAAUGACACUGUAAUUCCAGUAUAUGAUGAUGAACCCUCAAGUAUUAUAGCUUAUGCCUUAAUGUCACCAGAAUAUCAUUUCCAAUUAAAUGAUGAAGGAGAAAGGCCAACAGAAGGAAAUGAGUUCACUUCAUCAUAUUUUUCUGACUCAGGCACCUUGCAGUCAUUCUCAUCUGUUGACGAAACAGCUUUUGAUUCUCAAAAAAGUUUUGGAUCGAUAGAGGAAAUGAUAUUUUCCAUGUCUGGGUCUCGUAAUUCAUCAAUAUUGGACCCAAUGUUAUAUACUAAGGCUAUGCAUGCUAGAGUUUCCUUUGGAGUAGAUGGUCCCCUUGGCAAGGUAAAAUAUUCUGUGACUUGUUACUAUGCCAAGCGAUUUGAAGCCUUAAGAAGGGUCUGUUGUCCUUCAGAGCUAGACUAUAUAAGGUCUCUGAGUCGCUGUAAGAAAUGGGGAGCUCAAGGUGGGAAGAGUAAUGUAUUCUUUGCAAAAACUUUGGAUGAUCGAUUUAUCAUCAAACAAGUUACCAAAACAGAGCUUGAGUCAUUCAUUAAAUUUGGUCCUGAAUACUUCAAGUACCUUUCUGAAUCCAUAGGCACUGGAAGUCCGACUUGCCUGGCAAAGAUUCUUGGCAUAUACCAGGUUACAUCAAAGCAUCUUAAAGGAGGGAAGGAAUCAAGGAUGGAUGUUUUGGUUAUGGAGAAUCUUCUGUUUAGGAGGACUGUGACACGACUUUAUGAUCUUAAAGGAUCUUCCAGGUCUCGGUAUAAUGCAGAUAGUACCGGGAAAAACAAAGUUCUACUGGACCAGAACUUAAUUGAAGCAAUGCCAACUUCUCCUAUUUUCGUGGGAAACAAAGCGAAAAGAUUGUUAGAGAGAGCUGUCUGGAAUGACACUGGUUUUCUUGCUUCAGUUGCUGUGAUGGACUAUUCUUUACUGGUUGGAGUGGAUGAAGAGAAGCAUGAGUUGGUUAUUGGAAUCAUUGAUUUCAUGAGGCAGUAUACCUGGGACAAGCAUCUUGAAACAUGGGUAAAAGCUUCAGGCAUCCUUGGAGGACCAAAGAACACAUCUCCUACAGUUAUAUCACCCAAGCAAUACAAGAAAAGGUUCAGGAAAGCAAUGACCACUUACUUUCUCAUGCUUCCUGAUCAGUGGUCUCCUUCUAUUAUUCCUAGUCAUUCUCAGUCUGAUUUUGGUGAAGACAACACACAACCUAGGACUCCAGCUGAAUGAUUCUUUGUUUUGUGUUUCUGUAAAUUUUACUUUCAAUUUGGGGAAUUAACUCCCUCAAAUUUUAUAUUAUUUUUUUUUUUGGUUUUUCCCUCUUAAAUGAUAUAGGAAUUCUUUUGGUUCAUUUGUAGUUUUGUCAACUAGAUAUUAUCAAUUAUUUGUUAGAAGAUGCCAAAGAAGGGCUGUUAGCACUUUAGCAGCCAAGGAGGUUUGUCUGGGGUAAAAGUAUUUGAUGACCUCUGGAUGAAAUCUUUGUACAAAAGCCUAUAGUAACGUUCUAGCAACACGUUCUAUACAUGUAUAUGACUUAAAUUUCUCAGACAUGCUCUUGAAUUUCUCAAAUUUCUUUGCAAUUACCAUGUUGUGCUUUA